AUGUCAUAUAAUAACUCCUCUACAUCCACCUCACAAAGACCAUCUGAUUGGCCUCUAACCCAAGAAGCCACAGAAGCUCUGAAGAAAGCAAACUCCCUUACCUUGGGUCUUACACUGCCUCCUGACACUCAAGAUCCUGAGUAUCCUGUCAAUCAAAUUUCCGAGCAGACCAUCCUCUCUCAUUCCGAUUUUCCCGGCUGGUUGACGGUUUCUGCAUCGCACGGAUCCAUGAAUGGUCUUGGCGCGGGUGAAGAUUACUCAUUCAACGUGCCAAAGGGCUACCGACCCGUGACCUCUGUACAGAGAUACCAGAAUUGGAAUGGUGAACAUGUUCUCCCUUGUCACCUUGACUCCUUCAACGAGAAAGAGACAGGUUAUCUGGAAGCAUUUGUCCACACCAUGGGAUUGGUCCCUAUUGGUGGUCCCGUGCAGUCGUCGGACUCUGGGAGAGGGGAGCACAAUACUAAUCUCCCAUUUGGGGAAGAGACAGAUGAAGAUACAGAGGAUGGUGAGGAAGAUCAGGAGAUCAUGUCUAUUGGGAGCAAUGUGGAAAUGGAUGAGGAAGAGAAAGAAGUCGGAGAGAAUAAUGGAGAGGAUGACAAUGUGCUGGCGUGGGGUAAUGUGCGUGGGGAAGAAGUGGGUAGGGCUGUCAAUUACUUCCACAAGAUUUGA